AUGUUUUCGUCUCUCUCAGCUUCUUCUUCGUUGAUUUCAUCUUCCGUCGCCGUCAAAGCGCCUCCGGUCGCCGGAACUAUGGUUCCUCGUCGCGAUCUUGUUUAUGUUAAGGCUAGCUCGAAUCAGAAUGGCUCAGGUUAUUUUUUUCCUGAUUACCUUAAAUCUUUUGCUAAAUCAGCGAUUCUAAUCGGAGCUGCUGUUUCAAUGACCGGGAAAUUCUCAACUUUACCGGUGAAAGCGGAAUCUCCGGUUACAACCACUGAAGAAACAGUGGAGGAAGUGAAAGAAGAGAAGAAACAACAGUCUGAGUUCGAACCCAAUUCGCCAUUGUAUGAGCUUCUAGACUCCACCCCUGAGGCGGUUCAGACGCUGAGAUCACUCUUGCAGCAGAAGCUAGAGAACGGAGAAGACGAAGAAGCUCUCAAGCUUUUAGAGCAACUAGUAGCUGCACAACCAGAGGAAACAGAGUGGAAGUUCUUAAUGGCGAGGCUAUUGGGAGAGAUGGGUCGUUCGGAAAACGCACGCCAAGUGUUCGAGGAAAUUCUCAAAAGAAACCCAUUAUCAUUCGAGGCUUUAUUCGAGAACGCAUUGCUCAUGGACCGGUCAGGGGAAGGAGCUGCAGUGUUGCAGAGGCUGGAAGAUGCGUUGGCUAUAGCUGAAUCCGAGAAUAUGGUGAAGGAAAUAAGAGACGUGAGAUUGAUCAUUGCGCAGAUACAGUUCUUGCAGAAGAAUGUGGAUGAAGCAUUGAAGAGCUACGAAGAGCUGACGAAAGAGGAUCCAAAGGAUUUCCGACCGUAUUUCUGUCGAGGUAUGAUCUAUAGUUUGCUUGACAAGAACUUCGAAGCUAAGGAACAGUUUGCAAAAUACAGAGAGCUUUCUCCGAAGAAAUUUGAAGUAGAAGGGUACUUGAGAACUCCAUUAUCUAAGAUGAAGCUCUUUGGUGGUGGUGAAGAGAACUGA